GAGGCCCUCUAUCAACAGCGGCAAGAGGUGGAGACUGCCAGUGAAGCAACACCCCAAAAAGAAGAGGAAGAGGUGGAGGAGGAGGGAGUUGCAAUGCCUGAUAACGACGCGGCCAUGUAUGAGGCGAUGGUCCUGGAGGCUGGUGUAGAUGAUGACUAUGAGGAGCUGACGACACCUGCCUACGGCGUCCCUCGGAGGGCCAUAUGCGAGGCUCCUGCCUACAAUAACGUGGGAGGAAACAGCAAUAAUGGGAGGCCUACUGUUUUGUACUCUCCAUUGUCUACAAGUCGUCUUGUUUGAUGCGUGUAGCUAUACUAUUGUACUCUGUAUAACUGUACAGUACAGUGGCUUUGAGGAUAUUGGGAAGUUUGAUGUCUUGCUA